UUUCUCCUCACGUCAACGUGUACUCUCCCCGUAGGCCGUAGCGUACUAGCGUGUCUCCGUCUCAUCGUCCUUCUCUCAUUCUCCCUCUCGAUCCUUCCUCCUGAUAAGAAACCCCCAAACCCCUUCCUCCAACGAUUAGCAUCACCAGACGCCCCGUCCCCCGCCUCCUCCCAAGCCAGCGCCACCGCCGCGCGGAGAUCCAGCUCGGGCGAGGGGAGGGGACCCAGAUCCUCGACCCCCAGAGCGAGCACGGCGCGGGGCACGAAGGCGCAGGCCGGCGGCAGCAGCUGCUGGCGGACAGAGAAGCUUCGAAUUGGCGCAUUGGUUGGUUGACCCCUAGUGGAAAUGCUCGAUUCACUUAUCAGCCAAGAUUUGAAGAUGGAGAAGGAGAAGCAGCCUGAUGAGAUAGUCACAACUGGUGUUCUUGAAAGUCUGCAGAAUUUUAUACGCAAAUGCAUCGUAGCUGUCCUCUCAUAUGGCCCGAUGCCUAGACACAUUGCGUUUAUUAUGGACGGUAACCGCAGAUAUGCUAAAUCCAGAAGUAUCAAGGAAGGCGCCGGUCAUAGGGUGGGCUUCUCUGCUCUGAUGGCAAGUCUUCUAUACUGUUACGAAAUGGGUGUGAAGUAUAUAACAGUUUAUGCAUUUAGCAUUGACAAUUUUAAACGGGACCCAACUGAGGUGCAAACUUUGAUGGAGUUAAUGGAGGAAAAGAUCAAUGAGCUGUUGGAGAACAGAAAUGUGAUCAAUAAGGUUAACUGCAAGAUCAACUUCUGGGGGAACCUGGGCAUGCUUAGCGAACCGGUUCGACUGGCAGCUCAGAAGUUGAUGGCGAGCACCGCUGGAAACGCAGGGUUAGUCUUAUCUGUUUGCAUGCCAUACAACUCAACCUCUGAGAUUGCAAACGCCGUCAAUGAGCUCUGCGCAGAACGGAGGGAUAUGAUGCAGAGAGAGCACGCUGGCAGCAGCAAUGGCCGUGCCGCAGGUAGUGGCGCGCAUUCGGAUAUUUCAGUAGCUGAUUUGGACCGCCAUAUGUACACUGCCGGUUGCCCAGAUCCCGACAUUGUGAUCCGGACCUCGGGCGAGACUCGGCUGAGCAAUUUCCUCCUGUGGCAGACGACGUUUAGUCAUCUGCAGAACCCGGAGCCUCUGUGGCCUGAGUUCUCCUGGAGGCACCUUGUCUGGGCGAUAUUACAGUACCAGAGAGUCUACCCUUACAUUGAACAAAACAGAAUUCAGGCAAAGAAGCAGCUGUGAAUGAAGUAUCUCAUCUCCUUUGGAAGGAGAUAGAAAGAUAAACAGAUAUGAAGAAAAUGGUAACACCAAUCUGUCCUGCCCAAAGUUGGCUAUUAUAUUAUUAACCUUGUACCGAAAGAGUGUAAUUAUGCGAACCAUGUGUAUUAUGAUGGGUAACCCUUCAUUUCAUUGUUGGGUUUGGAGUUACUGCUUACUUGCCAGUUAGUGUAAACAUGAAUGUAAGCAAAACAUGGAUAUUGUAAGGAAUACAUAUACUCAGUACUCACUAAUAUUUCUGCCAGCACCAUGUAAUAGUUUAAAUUUGCCAUGUUUUA